AACUGUAACACGUCAUCCUUCAGCGUGUUGGACCAGUUGGUGUCAAAGACCUUUAGAUGGAAAUAUGGAUUCCAAUGAUCUGAACCGUCUCCCAGGUGGUUCUCUGCCAAUCGAUCCACCUCAGCUGGUCACGGCGAUGGUCGGUGAUGACGUCGUUCUGCCCUGUCUGCUGGACCCCCCCGCGGAUGCUGUUUCCAUGACGAUGGAGUGGGGGCGAGCGGACAUGAAGCCCAGAUUCGUCCUCGUGUGGCACGACGGAAAGGAGCUGCUGACUGGCCAGAACGAGGCCUUCAAGGGCAGAACUUCACUGUCCAUCAGCGGGCUGAAGCGUGGGGACGUCUCUCUGAAGCUUUCCUCCGUGAAGGUGUCUGACAGCGGGACGUACCGGUGCUACCUCCAGAAACCCAACCAGGAGCAUCUGGUCCAGCUGCUUGUAGGUGCGGCCUCGUCUCCUGCCAUCAGCCUAGCAGGCCUCCACCUGACCAGCAGCGCAGUGCUUCUUCACUGUGAGUCCAGAGGCUGGUACCCGGAGCCGGAGCUGCUGUGGCUGGACGCUGAGGGGAAGCUGCUCUCUGCUGGACCUCCAGAGACCCUCAGAGGUCCUGAUGACCUCUAUAGUGUCAGUAGGAGCGUGACGGUGGAGAAGAGACACAGAAACAGCUUCACCUGUAGAGUCCAGCAGAGGAACAUCAACCAGACCAGAGAGACUCUCAUCACGGUUCCAGCUGAUCUCUUCAAGGUAGAAACCAGUUCUGCCGUCCGCCUCACCAUCUUCUCUGCUGUUUGCAUCGUGGGGGUCGUGGCGGUUGUCCUUGUUGUGUGGAGAUGUGGAAAAGAAGAAACCAAGACCACGAGCAGCAGACCAGAACCAGAACUUCAGCCUCUGACGGAGGGAGGAAGAGACACAGAGAAGAACAUGACCUGCAGUGAGGAAACAUUUGAAGAGGACCUGAAGGAAAAUAGUGCAGAAUUAGAACUUCUACAACAUGUGGUGAAAACUCUGAUGGACCAGAAGAAAGAUCUGAGGAAGCAGAGAGAGGUGCUCAUCUCACAACAGCACGAGAACCAGACACAGAUUCAAGAGUUCAAGAAGAAGUUAAACCGAAUGCUAAAAGGGAACACUGACAAGAGAAAGAAGAAGAAAUGCAAACUAGAGAAUCUUGAGAAGAGGGAGAACGAACACAUGAAACUGUUACAGAGCACACAGGAGCUGCAGGAUUCUACAGAGGAGAUGAUUAUUAAGAUGACAGAAAGGACGGGCAGAAUCCUGAGAGAUCAGGAGAAAAUAAGAAGCAAACUCCAGAAGACUGAAAGAAAGACAGAAGAGAUUCAGAGUCCACUUGAGUCACAGAGAGAAGAGGAAGAAACCUCAAAGACAUCAGUGUGAUCCUUGGACUGCUUACUACACAAACCAUGUGACCACACCUUGAACCAUGUGACCACGCGAUGAACCAUGUGACCACACGAUGAACCAUGUGACCACACAAUGAACCAUGUGACCACACGAUGAACCAUGUGACCACACCAUGAACCAUGUGACCACACGAUGAACCAUGUGACCACACGAUGAACCAUGUGACCACACGAUGAACCAUGUGACCACGCGAUGAAACCAUGUGACCACACCAUGAACCAUGUGACCAC